CAAGGCUAUAAAACAUGUAUCAUGGCGAGUCUAACUAGUCUGUCGUAUAGUAAUCUUCCAACAUGAAAGUCGCCGUGAUAGCUCUAUUUGUAGCUGUUUGUGCAGGCGCACCACAACAGAGAAUCACUGGUGGAACUACAGUGGAUAUUACGUCUUAUCCCUAUGUAGCUGCACUCCUAAGAUACGAUUCCGAAGUAGGGGCCUACUCCCAAGCCUGCGUCGGCGCCAUUAUCAAUAACAGAUCCAUUUUGACUUCUAUUAACUGUGUUGAGAUUGAUCCAGUUAACUACUGGCGUGCCCGACUUGGAUCAUCCCGUGCCAGCAGUGGUGGUAUCGUCCACUAUAUGAGAGCCUUCCUCUUUAACCCGAGCUAUGACAGCUUCUCGUCUGACGGUGAUGUUGCCAUUUUAAGGACAUUACAAACCAUCCAAUACGGAGGUCGAGUUGCGUUAGCUGGCAGAAAUUACGUCGUGGCAGAUAAUUCUCCUGUCACUCUUCUCGGAUGGGGUGACAUUCGUUAUGAAGGACCUCGCUCAGAAAAUCUACUAAAGGCCGAUCUCAUUACGAUCAACCAACAGAAAUGCAAAGAAAACUACAACUUAAUUGCUAUGACUGUCACUGAAAAUAUGCAGUGCGCUGGCACUGCUGAGGGCGGCGCUGACUUCUGUGAAGGUGAUGUUGGAGCUCCCUUGAUUCACAAUAAUGUGCUCAUCGGCGUUGCCUCAUGGCGUACACCAGUUUGCGGUCGGGCUAACUAUCCUGGUGUCUACACUCGCGUUAACCGAUACAUUUCAUGGAUACAGUCUUACGCUUAAAUUUAGAAUAUUAAUAAAUGUUUAAUGUAA